ACAGCAGGGGGCGGGGCCAAGGUCGAGGCGGGCUGUUAUUGGGCGGCCGGACUGUCCGUCACCCCGCCCCGCCUGUUUACUGUCGCCAUGGAGACCGCAGCCCAGGCAACGCGGGGAACAACGGGACCGGGCGGGGAUAUUAAAGAUUAACAAGAUAACAGAAUGGAUUUCACCUUUUCUGUUAACCAACUGCAAGCUUUGUCAAACCUACUUACGCAUCCAGAACAAGAGGAAGGGGAGCUGGAAGAACGGCCUGAUGGAGGAGCCAUUGCUCUGCAGCCCGGCCAUAUUGGACCUCCAAAACGAUUGAACCACACAGCAGAUUGCAGCAUUGUUGAGCCCACAGAUGUUAAAACAAUCUGGGUUGAGGAUGAUGUGCCUGAGGGGUCAGAGUAUGAAGACAUUUGGGAUACAAGACAACAGCCUGAGUAUGAAGUUCUGUUCAAACAGAGAGUUGGCACAGAGGAUGUGUUUCUAGGCAUGAGCAGAAAGGAUGGAUCGACAGCCUGUUGUGAAGAUAUGGUGAUAAGAAUCAAUCUGCCCGGCUGCAAGUCAGCAGACCUGACUCUGGACGUCAAAGAGCGAUUUCUGGGCCUUCGCUCAUCUGUCUACAAGCUGGGUUUACACCUGCCCCAUCCUGUGGACAGCAAGAAUGGAAAGGCUGAGUUCCACGCUGACUCUCACACGCUGCAAGUCACCCUGACAAUGAAGAGAGACUUUGACUUCAUUAAUUUUGCUUGAGCAGACAGAAGGAAUGGGAGAUUUGGUCAGAGGCAAGAUAAAUUCAAGCAGGAACAAACAUUACGCUGGACUAUUGUCCUGUAUUUAUAA